AAUAAUGACAGUUUAAAGUCAUGGAUAAGUGGAAGAAAGGGUCCGUGUGUGCAGGGCGAGCCUGUGGGUUAUGACAAGCCGUCCGGCGAGGAAACCUUGUCUGUGGAAGAUGUUGAGGAUAACGUGGACCAAGAAGAGAAUCCAGAAUACUCCGCCGUUUCCGGGACUGACCCCUCAGUCGAACCGAUAGACACAGAGAUGGAAGAGGGAAAGACGGAAAAUGAAGAAAGUCUGACUUCCAUAAAUCCGCGAGUGAGCCUCUCCUCCAAGUAUUGGUCUAAGUCACAAUUAGAAAACAUCAGUAAAAUGACAAUGCAGAUCUGUAUGCAGCAGCAAGACUUGCUUAUUAUCGAACAAGACAGAAGGCAAGAAAACCUCAACCAGGAAACCAAAGAGUCUUCAUCUGGAACAAAUGAGAAUGAAAGCUUGUCUGAUCCGUCAGGAAUCUUUCCUCAAGAGAUUUCCUCAACUUCAGGUCAACAACCAAACGUAGCUUCAGAGGAAGACUUGGGUGAUGAUAUCCCAAAAGAAAAGGGAGAUGACACUCUUACACAAGGUAUCCAGGAAAGAGAUGACAUUUCUUUAAGGCAGGAAAUGGUGAAUACACUUAAGGAAUUACUGGAAGCCACAAGACAGAAUGGACGUCUGUUGAUGACGUUAGACUCCAGUAUUAAGAAAAACACCAUGGUACUACAAAACUUAGCUGACUUACAGAGGGAAAAACUGAGGGAGGAGGAGGGUUGUUUAAAGACUACCUUCUGAUAAACUUAAAGGAUCACCAACCAAUAAUCUCUUUUAUUACUGGAGAUCAAUUUGAGUUUGCAGUUGGGUUUUUAUUGUCGUAUUGUCCACAUAUAAAUUGUAUAUUUAUUUAAAGGCAUUUGUUAAGCGUUUAUAUAUUAUUUGAUGUAUUUUUAACUUCUUCGAUAUAAAAUAUUAUUAUACCUCAUUAUAAAUAUUCUACACAACGCGUUUUCUGAUUAGUUCUAGAUCAUCACGUGAUCGGGCCGUAAAACUUCAUAUUUCCCUUACGUCGGCAUGCUUUUUAUCAUAUUCAACCUCUUCGGAUACUUAGUGCAUUUUCCUGCAAUAAUUAUCGUUCAUUAAAAGAAAACUCCCGACUUGCUUUACGUCACAAAAUUGAUGAUAAAGUGUUGACCAAAGGGUUUAGUAAUUUUACGUUAAAAAUGAAAGUGAAUUUGAGAGCGGUGCCGAAUUUGAAAGUUUAUGUUUAUUUCAAAGGUUUUGCUUGUUUCGGUAUAAUACACGAUUCAUUGCAUGAAUGUUCGGGAAACAUGAAGACUUAUUCAGCCAAGAAAUAUUAUAUUUCCCUCGGGCGAAGCCCUCGGGGCAUAUGAUGUUCUUGGCUGAAUAAGUCUUCAUAUUUCCCUCACUAUCAUGCAAUAAAUGUAUAAUAUUUACAGUUAAUACUAACUCUUGUUUAAGUAGAUUGAAGCUGGAAUGGCUAAACAAGUCAAAUGUCUAAUGUUAAACAUCUUUGUUAAAGUUUAUAGGCAAGUUGACAAUACAAGUUUAAUUUGCGGUAAGUUAAAAAUAACAAUUACGUAAAUGUUUCAUCUAAUCAUUGAUUGAUCUGAUUAGUUCAAGUUAAGAACUAUGAUGUAAAUUAUAAAGUUUAAAAAUAGCAUAAUUUAAGUUAUUUACAAAUGUAAAAUAUUAAUUUUCAACAUAAAUAUUAAUAUUAAAAGAGUAUAUAUUGAAUUGAAAUAUAUAAAACAUGGAGAUAACGAACAGUAUUCAAGAUCAAAAUUCCAGAGAACAAUACUAAACAGGAGCAGAGCAAACAUGGACCUUCACAAAAACAUCAUAGGUGGGAUCAGGUGCCACGGAGGAGUGAGCAUUCACUACCGACCAAUCACACCAUCCGUUUGCUCCUUGUCAUGAUAGGGAAGGAGAGAACAUCCCCUGCCGACCGGUUACAUCCGCCGUGUGCCCCUUGUCAUGAUCGGGAAGGAGAGAACAUCCCUGUCGACCGGUUACAUCCGCCGUGUGCUCCUUGUCAUGAUCGGGAAGGAGAGAACAUCCCUGCCGACCGGUUACAUCC